CCACCACCAUAAAGCUCAAGAAGGAAACUUUUUUCCGACUAAAAGGCAUGUAAACAAAUGAACGGUAUGGUUAAGAGCUUUAAGGCGCUAUCUUCCAGUAAAUUUUAAAUUUGACAUAAAUUUACAUUAUCUAAUGGAUAGUGAAGGCGUGAGGACUGACCCCCAGCUUCAGCAGUUCAUUGAAACUGAGUCUCAAAAGCAAAGAUUUCAGCAGCUGGUUCAUCAAAUGACGGAAGUAUGUUGGAUUGAUCUGCACGAGUCAGUGUCAGCCAUCUUGACGUUCCUCAAAAAUAAAGCAAGAUCCAAGAGGAUUCCACAACUGCCUUAUGAUGUACAAAUGUGCACAGAGCAACCUACAAACCAUUGCAGUUCAAUCCAAAUAAGUAAUGGGAAAAGUGCACCGAUAAACCUGGUCCAAAGCUUGACUCCAGGACAGAAGUGUGUUUUGUAAAUUGUGUUGAACGUUUCAUUGACACAAGCCAGUUCAUCCUCAGCAGACUUGAACAAACUCAGAAGACAAGAGACUCCUUCUCAGAGACCAUAACAGACUAGCUGCAACCUAAAAUCUCAACAGACAGAACAACCAUCUGUUUCCAUACUCCUUGUUUUUGUUUUUUUUGUUUUUUUAAAUAACUUCCGUUAUUAUAUUCAAAGAGUGCCUGAUGUAUAAUAAUAAUAAUUGAAGAAUCUUGUCUAAGAAAUAGUUCAAUAUGUACAUAUGCUUGUACAAGAGGCCAAAAAUGCUUGGCAAAAGUUUGUAUAUUAAAAAUGGAAUUGCUUACA